CCUGGGCGUCGCACGUGGGCAGCAGCAGCAGCAGCAGCGCCUGCUCCUCUUUGCUGGCCUGGUGCAACAUGGCUGAGGCUGCUGGCGCCGAGGGCUUCGCGGGCUGCAACUUCCUGCGGCAGAGGCUGGUGCUGGCCACCCUCAGCGGGCGCCCCGUCAAGAUCCGCAGGAUCCGGGCCAAGGAGGAGAGCCCCGGGCUCCGAGAUUUUGAAGCUAACUUUAUAAGGCUGAUCGACAAAAUAACCAAUGGGUCUCGGAUUGAAAUAAACCAAACAGGAACAUCUUUAUACUAUCAGCCUGGGCUCCUCUAUGGAGGUUCAUUGGAACAUGAUUGCAGCCUCAAUCGCAGUAUUGGAUAUUAUUUGGAAAGUCUUCUCUGCUUAGCACCAUUCAUGAAACACCCAUUAAGAAUUGUUCUCCGUGGCAUAACCAACGAUCAGGUAGAUCCUUCGGUGGAUGUUCUUAAGACAACGGCUAUACCUUUAUUGAAAAGAUUUGGAAUUGAUGGCGAAGAAUUGGAACUGAAGAUCACAAGGAGGGGUAUGCCCCCCAAAGGAGGAGGGGAGGUGAUAUUCAGUUGUCCCAUUAGGAAGGCAUUAAAGCCUAUUCAGUACAUUGACCCUGGGAAAAUUAAACGUAUUCGAGGUAUGGCCUAUUCGGUCAGAGUGUCACCUCAGAUAGCAAACCGAAUUGUGGAUUCUGCAAGGAGCAUCCUGAAUAAAUUCCUGCCAGAUAUUUACAUUCACACUGACCAUAUGAAAGGAACCAGCUCUGGAAAGUCUCCAGGGUUUGGACUUUCUCUUGUAGCAGAGACAACAAAUGGAACAUUUCUUAGUGCUGAGCUGGCCUCUAACCCUCAGGGACAGGGCACAGCUGUACUCCCAGAAGAUCUUGGUUCAAACUGUGCAAAGCUGCUACUUGAAGAAAUUUACAGAGGAGGCUGUGUGGAUUCAGCAAACCAAAGCCUUGUCCUGCUCCUCAUGACCCUUGGACAGCAGGAUGUUUCCAAAGUCCUGUUAGGACCGCUGUCACCAUACACAAUUGAGUUUCUGCGACAUUUGAGGAGUUAUUUCCAGGUUAUGUUUAAAAUUGAAACCAAAUCACCAGAAGAAUACAAAGGUGGCGAAAAGGUGUUAAUGACAUGUGUUGGCAUAGGAUUUUCCAAUCUUAGCAAGACAGUAAAAUGAUUUUGUUCCUGUGGGCUUUUAAUUAAAAUUGCUUUGGCACUUGAUGGUUUGUUACAUAAGAGAUAAUUCUAUUGUAAAACUUUCAUGUAACAUCUGUUUCUGCUUUUAAAAAAAGUGGAUUUUCUAAUUGCAUCUUUUUUUUUUACAAACUUUGUAAUGCAAUAGCUGCUAUAUUUUUGUUAAACUGUUCACUCUGAAAUAUUAUGUAAAAAGUACAUUAUUAAAGAGUUAUAUGAUAUAAAA